AUGAACGUCGCAUACUGGACCAAGGCCGUCUCCCCUCCCAACGAUGCUGGUGUCCCUGGGGACGUCUGGGGGCGCUGCAUUCCAGAUGAAAACGACAACCACAUCUUCCUUCGUGGAAAAAAGGAAUGGGAGCCUCUGGCCAAAGAUGCGCUCGUGAAAGACCCAGGACCGCCGCACCCCUUCGGCGAUCACACCGUGCUUUGCUUCGAUCCUCCGGAGCGUCUCAUGUGGGCGGCAACGACGACGUCUUAUCAGGUUCGCCGGAGAUACGUUAACACCAAGCCGGUCGAGGGUAUCGGCAACUACGCCAAGAUGUCGUGCGGGGAGUUCGCCAGGCUCCGAUACAAGCUCUCCGACGCGACAUGGGAGGAGACCUUGCCCACUGCCCCGUCUUAUAGGACCGUUAUCGACGCGAUCAACGACAAGCGCGGGCCAUCGGUACGCAAACGGGCCAGUGGCUUCGAGCUCGAGCAGAUCAGAAAGCGCGCGCGUCUGACCCAUGUCGACGAGGAGCCUCCGAAAGCGCCUUUGAAGAGCUCGCCACUAAAGUCAAGGAUCCGUCGGGUGUCUCCGGAGAAAUCCUCGCCUGACCCAACCGAUGAGAUGGACGUGCAAGAAUCAGCCUCGCCUGUGGACAAACCUGCGCCUAGUUCUUCCGAAGACGUUGAGGAGCUGAGAAAGGACGCUUCAGUUUUGCGACUCGAGAGCCAGCCCACACGGACGCCAGAAGCAGCACCCGAGCCCGCGUCUGUGCCCAAAACUCUGCCUCCGCCUGAGCUACUCGCACAACCUUCAUUUACCUAUCCUGCUGUCAUCGCUCCCUCUCCAGCAACUGCGAACCCGAACCUCUGCAUGCCGCCAUCUGGAUCGAUUGAGCUUCCGCCUAAUUUCGCAAUAUGCACGUGGUGGAAUGGUGUUCGAACCGCUCUUCCUUUUCACUAUCCUGAUGGUAAGAAGGUAUUCACAACGGGCACCGCGGAUCAAUAUCUUGCCACUGCAAAUGACCCUAACAAGUGCGCAUUGUUGCUCGAGCGGCCGAUGGUACAAGAUGGCGUUACUCCUUGGUUCAUACGCCGAGUGAGCGACGACCUACGCGCAUGGCAUGUCACCAACAACAUUGGACAUCGAUACGUUCAAUCUCUCCAGCCCGGUGUCAUGCGGCCUCAAAGCGACUAUCAGGGUCCCGAACGUAUUCCAGCGGAUUGCGUCCAUGCUUCCACCUGGGGUGCUAUGUCGAACGCAGGGUACCUCAUUCAUCCUCGACAUCAGUCUUCAGGAAUGGUGUCCUGGGUCACUGUCGCCAGCGGGGUGCAGUUUUGGACCAUAUUUCGCCCCCGUUGGGACGACCCCGAUCGUACUAAAGCUGCGCUCCGUGUCAUCGCGAAUGCGACUCCACGCGACAACCCCGAAGAUUUGGAGCAUAUGUUCGAUAUUGGAACAGUGAUGUUAACCCCCGGCAGCGUUCUCAUUCUUCCGCCAGGCGCGUACCAUAUGGUCUACACCCCAGUCAAAAGCGUUACCCUCGGCGGCAACUUCCUUACUAUAGAUUCGUUGCAUCAUACCCUAAUGGCUCGUCAAAUCGAACAAUAUGCCUCCUUCAAUACUACAAAUCCUUACAGCGCUGGAGUUCGGCGAAUGCUUAGUCGCCUGGCCAUCGCGUUCACCCAGAUGAACGGCAACUCCAUACCCAAGCGACCGCUUAUCGCGCUGGCGCACAUGCUCGCAUACGAGCGCUACUACUUCACCACGACUCAAAAGUCGUUUGUCUGGACGGCCCCGCCUCCUCAGAUCAAGACAGAACCCAACGCGACCGCUCUCCCAGCCCCAUACGCCGACGGCUCCCAGACCUCGCCCUCCGGUAACUCAGAUAGCGAUGACGACGAGGUCCUCGAACUCCUCAACGAGCAACGCCCGCCCCGCCCUGCCCCGCCCUCGGCCUCCUACUACGGCCCCCCCGCACCGCUCACGCGCCACCCACCGCCGUUCGCGUGGCCGCUCCCGCCAGACGUCGAGAGCGACAACGACCUGGUGCACGCCGCGUUCUGCGCCGCGGAGACCUGCGUCGCGAACAACCUGCCCUUCCCGCCCGCGUUCGAGUGGCCCGUGCCGUGGCACGCGCCGAGCGACCCCCGCGCGAUGGCGACGAUCCCCCCGCUCCCGACCCACCCCAAGCUCGCGUUCCAGCACGGGCGCUACGUCAUGUACCGCCCGGCGCUCAUGCGGCCGAUUCCCGUCGCACCCACGCCGAGUGUGGGGCGUGCGGGGUCGGCGGCGUCCACGGCAGCGGUCGGGGCGGCGUCGGCAUCGACGGCUCUGCGUCCGGCGUCGAGUUCAGGGCUCGUCAUUCGCCUCCCGCCUCUUGCCUCGCCCUCGAAGCCUUCGGCUUUGACCGCGGCCUCCACUUCUGCUUCAGCAUCGCAGCCAGAACCGAAGGUAGACCCGGCUCCCCCUUCCGUGCCGAGCUCGACCUCCGCGUCAACGUCCCGUGCGGUUGGGUCUGCAGCGGUUGCUGAUGCACCUACGUCCAGUACCGCGACGCUUGCGUCUGUGCUGAGCGCAGCGGUCUUUCCGCCUACUCCCACGUCUGCCCCGAACCCUGCUUAG